GUUCAGUUAAAUGCGGAAAGGCGACGAAGGCGGUACAAAGUUUGACGACGGCGCGUGCGUGGCAGCCAGUUAAAGCGAAACAGAACCAAAAUAAAAUUAAACAAAAUAAAAUAAAACAUAAGCAUCAGGCAAUAAAAAAUCAUGCGAGCCGUGCGCCAGAGAGAGGUAUGGGGGGAAGCACCGCAGCUGUUGCUGCUCCUGCUGUUGGCAUCCGUUUCGUGCACAUUAUGGGCUUCAGUGACCGCCAGGACGGGUCCCUCGCACGACAAGGUGGUGGUUUGCUACAUAUCCACAUGGGCCGUGUACCGGCCCGAGCAGGGUGCCUAUGCCAUCGACAACUUUGAUCCCAACUUGUGCACCCAUGUGGUGUAUGCCUUUGCCGGCCUGGACAUUACGCAGGCGUCCAUCAAAUCGCUUGAUCCGUGGCAGGACCUGAAGGAGCAGUACGGCAAGGGUGGCUACGAGCAGCUGACGGGCCUGAAGCGCAGCCAUCCACAUCUGAAGGUCUCCCUGGCCAUUGGCGGCUGGAACGAGGGCUCGGCCAACUACUCCAGCCUGGUGGCCAACAAUUACCUGCGCGAACGCUUCGUCAAGCAGGUGUCGAGCUUUGUGCGCAAAUACAACUUUGACGGCCUCGAUUUGGACUGGGAGUAUCCCACGCAGCGUGGUGGCAAGCCAAGCGAUCGCGAGAACUUUGUCGCUCUCACCAAGGAGCUGCGUGAGGAGUUCGACAACCAUGGCCUGCUGCUCACUUCGGCCAUUGGAGCGGCUAAAAAGGUGAUUGACGAGGCUUACGAUGUGCGACAAAUAUCGCGGUAUCUGGACUACCUGCACAUCAUGUGCUACGACUACCACGGCAGCUGGGAUCAGCGGGUGGGCUACAAUUCUCCACUCGCUGCCCCCGCCGAGGAUCCGCUCAGUGUGAAAUACACCAUUGACUAUCUGCUGAAGCUGGGCGCCCCGCCAUCGAAGCUGGUACUGGGCCUGCCAUUCUAUGGCCGCACCUUCAAGACGGUGUCCGAGGGCAGUCUCAACGAUGCCAGCGAUGGUGUCGGCUUCCGAGGACCGUACACGCGCGAGGAUGGCUUUCUGGGGUACAAUGAAAUCUGCAACAUACUGAGCAACAAGACAUCGGGCUGGACCAAGCAGUGGGACCCACAGACCAGCCAGGUGCUGGCCCGCUCCGAGCGCAAUGUCUUCACGCAAGAUGUGAGCGUUGUGACGUUCGACAGCUCGCGUUCCAUCGCCAACAAGGUGCUGUAUGCCAUGUCCAAGCGUCUGGCUGGCGUCAUGGUCUGGUCGGUGGACACGGAUGACUUCCUUGGCAACUGUGAGCUGGAUGUUGAUACCUUUGAAGACUUCAAGGUGGUUAGCUCGGCCCCCCGGCGCCUCAGUCAGAGCUAUCCCCUGCUGCGUACCAUCAACGAGGCCACAGUGCUGGCACUGGAACAGCUGGCCGUACCGGAGCCGGUGCCAGAUGAUUCAGAGAACGAGAUCCCUCACGGAAGCAUUGCGGAUCGCAAGAACGCAGCCGCCUCUCUUGUUAGCCUCAGUCUGACUGCCACGGCUCUCUUUAUGCUGCUGCACAACAGUCUGGCCCAUUGACAGAACGGCGCAGUGGAGCCAUAGUCGUAGUAAUCCCAGUUGUACUGAACAAUGUUUACGUAGUCAUUAAAUUCCAAAUUGUAAUUUUAAUUAAAUACGCCUUUGAUUUUAACGAUCCUCCA